AUGGAGAGAGGUAGCGACAACCGUGGAAGUGGUGGCUCUGGCCAUGGUCGGGGCGGCGGCGGUGGUAGAGGUGGGAAUUACCCACGACACCAGUACCAUCAGGAGGGUCAGUAUCAAGGAGGUAGUGUUGGCGGAAGAGGACGGGUUUGGGUUCCUACCCAGAUCGGUGGUCAGCAGCGGGGUAAUUACCCCGUUCACAAAGGUCAGAGUGGUGGGUCUGUUCAGUCUCCGUCUCCGUCUCCGUCUCCGUCUCAGAGAGUUCCUGAUCAAACGAAUCCUAGUAUUCCUCUUAACUUAUUUCUUUAA